AUGAAUGACUAUGAUCAGCUUUCUUCACUUGAUACAACUAGAACUAAUUGGUGCGUCAAGGUACGUGUAACCAGGAUGUGGCCUUCCAUCUCCACCACUGGCGGUUACAAUCUGCUGCUUCUUGAUGAGGAGAACGUUCAUGUACAUGCAUUUAUUUAUGCGGACAACUGGACUGCCCUAUCAAAGAAAAUCAGUAUAGAGGAGGGAUCUCUGUACACCAUCACUAAUUUUUACACAAAAGCUGCAUUUGGUUCGUUUAGGCCCGUGUCAAGCAAGAUCCUCAUUAAUUUUUCAAACUCUACUAUUGUUGAGAAAGUUGACACUGAUGACUUUAUGAUACCCAUGCAUAAGUUUGAAUUUGUUGAUUUGGGAGAUCUGUUCAAGCUUGCAGAAUCGUACGGUGAUCAAAAGACUCGCGAAUUCUCCACAGAUGUUAUGGGAGUAUUUGAGAAUUGUGAAAAUCUUGAUCGGAUCGAUACUGUUAAUGGACCAAGGAGUAUAAUUCGUUUCAGGAUAACUGAUGGAAGGUAUUCACACAAGGCUACUGCAUGGGGGGACCUUGCAGAGAGAAUAGAUGAUGAAAGGAAAAAAGCAGUUGAGACACCCAUCAUUGUAAUACUCACUGGUACAAAGAUGAACACACACAGAAAUUCUGUCCAGUUAAGUACAACGUCUUCUUCAAAGGCUUACAUGAACCUUGAUAUUGAUGCUGUUAUUGCAAUGCGACAGAGGCUCAUUGAGGAAGGCUAUACUCCACGUGAAAAUGAUGGCCAACGAUUUUCUCAACGGCAUGUAAGUGAGGCCGUGCAGACACUGAAUUUAAAGCAGGUAGCUGAACUAGCUGCAGCUGAUUACAUAAAGAAAAAUGUUUACUGCAACAUCAAAGUUGUAAGGGUAGAGGAAAAUCGCUGGUGGUAUGAUAGCUGCGGAGGUUGUGAAAAUGAGGUGCAGAAUCUUGAAGGAAAGCUAUACUGUGACAAUUGCAAGAAGAACAUUCAUGUUGCUGAAAAAAGGUACAGGAUCGUAAUUCUUGGUGAAGAUUCUACUGAGGCAUACAAUUUUGUUUUGCUUGAUCGUGCCGCCAAGAGGAUGAUCGGGACAACGGCAACUAAACUCAUUUCUGAUAAGUUUAAGGAUCUCACAACAAAUGAAUUUCCUCCGCAGAUUAGAUCAAUUACUGAAAAGGAGCUUAAGCUCAAAAUAGUUAUUAAGGAAGAUAAUAUAGCCUCCAAGAGCAGACUAUAUUUUGUUGUUGAUGCAUGUUAUGCAAGCAAUUCUGGCUCCACGAUCUCCUCAUCAACAGAUACACAGUGUACAACUUCUGCUGUUGGAGAUAGCUCAGUUGUUAAUCUUUCCGAGAGUGGUGAUACCCCGGGAACAUCCAAAUCAACUUCUAAAAAGGUUAAAUUGGAGAAGUAA